AUGUCAAUACAAGAUAACGCGACAGAAUAUGUAACCGAGCUUUCCAAAUAUGAGUUUUUUAAGCUCCUUGGUAAAGGAUGGAAAUAUAAAAGUCACAAGGUUUUAGAUUUUAGUGGUCAGAGAUUUAAGCUAACAACUCUAAGAGGCACAUCAAAUGGUUUGUUGAACAAAUACUUGAAUUUAAGUGAAAUUGAAACAAUAGAUCUAAGUAAUAAUGAUUUGGUGAGCUUGGAAGACAUUUUUAGUUUAGAUGACUCUUUAAGGUUUUAUUCUUUGAUCAAUCUGAAUUUGAUGGGAAACAAGAUUUCAAAAUUUGAAAAUCCAAUCUCUUUGCCAUACCUAAUUAAGCUUAAUAUAAGUUCAAACAACUUAUCAGAAUUACCUGAUUUAACAUGUUUGGAAAAUCUUAUGUACCUUAAUCUUUCUAAUAAUAACAUUCAAAUUAAUGGAUCUAGAAAAGAAGCUUGGAAAAAUAUAAGCAAAUGUACCAAACUAAGACGGUUGGAUUUGUCAUAUAAUAACAUAAGCAUAUCGCCAAGUAUCUUGGGAAGGUUAGCUCUAAUGUUCAAAAAUUCUUUGACGGAAUUUUCCAUUCAAGGAAACCCAUUUUGCAGUAUAUUCCCGGAAUAUCAAUCAUUAAUAAUUUCCUGUUUACCUAAAUUAAAAUACUUCAAUGGACGCGAAUUAACGGAUUUACAAAGGAAGAGAAAUAUGAAUUUUAACUUUGACCUUAUGGAUAACUAUGAUGAUGUUUAUGAUCUGAGACAAGGAAGCAGAUAUGAUGCUACAAAAAUCCUUGAACUUGGGAAUAUUCGCAGUACUAACUAUGGCCGUAUUGACAUAUUAAUAGAGUUACUUGAAUACUUAAUUGAUGAGGGGCCAUCAAUACAACUUUGUGCAAACAUUCUUCAAGGGUCAGAAACUAUUUAUAAUGAGACAAUGAAACCCUGGACAACAGACUAUGGGGGUGAUUUAGGUGAUAUAGAUCCUUUUGAAGCAAGAAGGUUUAUCAAUUUAUUCAGCCCUUCUGCAAGAUUACCUAGCGAUAGAGCAAGAGAAACUGAAAGAUUUUUGGAACUUUUUGCACUAGCAAUUGAUCGGCAGGAAGAAAACCCUAUUACUCAAAAUUCUGACUUUUGUAAGAUUUGGUUAUUAACUGCCUUGGUUCGUUUAAUUCAUAUUCCAGCAGGAGGGCUUGCAAUUGGAGUUUCCAGACUACUUGGAGGCCUUAUGAAUAAGAAGGAUGUUCAAAGUGAAGUUAGUUAUAUAAUAAGCACACUUGUUUUCCCUGCUCUUAAGGGUCGCCAGUUUUCUGACCCAAUAGUGCAAACAGUAUUUGCAUCUGUAUCAAUUCUGCCGCACAGUAGGUUAUUAGCAAUGGCACUAAAUGAUCACAUGGGAUUGAUAUUAAAUUAUACUUCGUCUUAUGUUAGAACAGAGUUUCAUAAGCCAUUAAUGUCUAUUUUGGCAUUAGUAUCACUCUACAAAGACAAUGCUAUUAUUUUAUCAGGGUAUGGUGUGCCAACGGACCUUGCUGGAACAUUGAUUACUUUAUAUUUAUAUUCAACUCCAGCAAACAUAAAUAAAGGCGGAUUUGGAGAGAUGGGAAACCAAGGCCAAUCAUUAACAGUGAAUAGACCAAAAAAUGAACCAUUUUUUAAAUGGUCUUCCACUGAACAUAUAUUGUCCGACCAAGCACUCGAUUACAUUUCUCGCGAGAUUUCGGCAUCUGGCCAGCUUGGAAGAGGUGACUCAUUUUCAAUUCACAAGAUAGCUAAAUUACUUUCAAAAAAACGUAAUAAACAGCAAACCAUUUAUAAAGGAAAACAAAAGGAAACUCUGAACUUAAACAUUCUGCCAGAUUUUGUUAAAUUUACAGACUUUCAACAAGCAUUGAUCAUCUUCUACUUAAAGAUAAUUAGAAAUUGUUGUUUGGCUUCUGAAAAGGCAUCAAAAGCAUGCGUUGAUCUGGGAUUACAUUCUAAUUUUCUAAUGCCAAUACUUUCUGAAUUUUUAUCGAGUGGUCUUACAUCAAAGUUUGAUGAAAAAACAUCAAUACUAUGUUCAGAGGUUAUUCAAACUGUAAACUGUUUUGUUGAAUCUAGCAAAGUCGCUUUAAUGCAAAUGAUUGUAAAUUUUCAUCUUAUUGAUUGGAUGUUAAUACCUAUCAAAGAAACACCAUUUGGUGACCCAGAUGUCGUAUUUGCCUGUAUGAGUACAUUGUUAAGUAUCUGUAAUAGAAGUGAACAAGUUGAGUCGAUACAAUAUACCCCAAUUUCCGAAAGUUCAUCGUUGAUAGGGAAGGCUCUAAAUAUAUAUAAUGGCAAUAUACCACUUGGAACUCAAUUCCGAAUUUUUGGAAAUGGUGAAUCAUUCCAAGUUCUCAACUAUAUUAUCCAACAAAUGGAUUUUUUAAAUCCACAAUUAGAGUUUUUAAAUGGGAACCAAUAUUUUAGGGAAAUGGUUUCAUUUUACAGUUCAAAUAUUGAGGAUUCAAAUAGUUCUUUAAAAGAUUCACUGGAAAUAUUAAAAAACGCAAACUCAGAUAAAGUCCAAAAGAGUAUUCAGGCAAUUCUCAAUAUGAUUGUAUUUCUCUUUCAGAAUAAGACGAUAGGAAUUUGUUCAAAAGUUAUCGAGGAGAUAUAUAGAAGAGGUUAUUGUAUUCUUUUCAUGAGGUUGCUUGAGAUUCCGGGUGAAUCUGUUCCUAUUUCAGCUAUUCAAAUACUUUCCAUGAUAGAUAUUACAGAAAUGGAUACAAUAUCUAUAAAUGAACUAUUGAGACUUUUAAAGAUUGAGUCACUUAACAAAGAUAGCGUAAAGAAAAGUGGAAGUGGAGACGAGCUCGCUUUAUCUGAAAGUAAAGACAUUACUAGUGCCGAAAAUGAUCUUGCGUUUAAUAUUUUGGGGCCUCUUUGGACACAUAUACUUAAUUAUAUUCGUAGACUGAUUAAUAACAAGGGUAGUAGUAAUUGGUAUAUUUUCAAAGAAACAUUUGCAAAAGAUAUCGGUCUAAUCAUCUUUUCAGGUCUCAAAUAUUCUUGGAAUCAGUUUAUUUUGAACUCUCCUUUUAAGCUUGUUGUCAAUCACUUGAGUAAUGUAAAUGAAGUUCAGAUACAAGAUAUGUUUUCAAUUCUUUCUUCUUCUAGAGUUAUAAGAGCAUUGUCUAGAUAUAAAGGUUUUAGAGAAUAUUUGAGGACCCCUGAAAUACAGUCCAUAUUCGAAUAUUCUUUGAAAAAAGAAGAAAAAUACUUUGCUGCAUUUGAUCCUGACACUGCAUUGGAAAUUUCGUGGCCGGGAAGAUCAGUAGAUAUAUUAUUAGGUACUUUUAAGGGCCAAAACAGACUUUCAUCUUCAAAAAAGGUUGCAGUUAGAGUUCUUUGUAGAUUGGCUGACGUAUUAACUGGGGUAUCGGAUGAAGAGCUAUUUGAGCUCGAAAAGUCGCAGCUUGAUUACACAUUGCAAUUUAAGAAAAAAACUAACUCACUUAUUGAAGGGAUUUCUACUCUGGAAAGUAAUUUUAUGAAUAUUAUUUCAAGGGAAUCAAGUAUGUGGGAUUUAACAUUGGAGCCUUUUAUCGAACAACUUUUAUUUUUGGAUGAAAUGGAAUUUUCUGACAAAUUAAUUCAAGAUGAAAUGUUUGUUGAGGCUGAUGGAAUUAUUAGAGUUUACCUAUUUUUAUCAAAUUUAAUUGAUGACGAAUUCAGGGACACCAAAGAGAACUCGAAUAACUUAAUUGAAAGUUUUGACAACAAAAAAUCUAUUAUUUCAACGGCAAAUACUUGGGCAGGAAUAUUAAAAGGGUCUAUUAUAAUUAAAGAAAAACGAGUUUCAGAAAAGAUUGAAGAAGAAGAAGACGAUGAUGAUGAAGAUGAGUAUGAUGAUGAUAAUGCUGAAAAUGAAAUGGAUGGAGAAAAUAAAGGAUGGAGAAGUAUUUUUAACUUGAAAAGUAAUAAAGAAAUCGGUGAGGGACUAGAAGAUCAUAAUAUUGAGGAUGAAACAGGUUUGCCAGUGUUAUCUGGAAGCGAUGAUCAAGAAAGUUUGCUUUAUUUAUCAGAUUCUGAUGUUGAAAUUGAAGAAAUCGCAGACUUGGAUUAUGAAGCUAACCCUAAUGAGGAGACAAUCAUUAUACACCCGAGAGCAAGGAAUAUUGUACAUGGUGUUUACAACAAAUAUGGGCCAUUAACAACAGGUUCAAUAGAAAAUGAUUUAAAAGUUUCUAGCUCAUUCAUUUUUGAUAACAUCGGAGGCGCAAAUUCUAGUAACUCUAUUAGUUUGACUUCAACAUCUUUAAGUUCAUCUGAGGCUGUAAAGGCUCAAAACAAAUUAGAAGGAUCCGGCUCUGUUUGGAAGAACAUUAUUUCUGCAACAGUGAAUAAUCAUCUUGCCGUUGCAGCGUUUUUGAGGAUAAUAUUUGUAAGUAUAAAAUCAAAUACUAGUUUGAAACUGAGGAAUUAUGCAAAGAAAGUCAUGAUGAAGCCUUAUGUUUUGGAUGGAACCGCAAAACUAGUAUUAAGCUGUGGAAUAUUAGAAUCUCAUGUGGCUUCAAAGUUUUUAAUAAUAUUAAGUGAAAUUUUUGAGCUUGAAACAAAUACUAAUGCAGCAUCCAUGGAUCUUCUAAUACCUUUAUAUAUCGGAUUUUGGUUUAUAAACUCAAUCUUGGAUACUAUCGUUUAUAUAUUACAACAAGCAACAAAAAGGCAUUUAAAGCCUGAGGAGCAACUACUAUGUACUUCCUUAUGUAAAGCAAUAUAUUCAAUGUUAGAUUCAUUGGGAAAUAUACAAUUUUCUAGAACUGAAUCGAUAAAUGAAUAUGGGUUGGAAAAAUCCAUUCGUUAUUUUAUUAGCCCAUUAUUAUUAAAUUGUCUAGAACAAAUGGUACUAUUUGAUAUACAGGUAUCGAUAGGUAGCAGUCAUGGCAGCUAUAUGGCUCAUAUCCCAUUAAUGUUUUCUAGAAAAUACAUACUAGGAAAAAAAGAGGAGAUGCCAGAGACCAUAAUUAAGUUAAGAGAAUUAAUGAGACAAUAUAGUUCAAAAUCUCUUUCAUUAUUGAUGGAAAAAUCUUCAAAGUAUAGAUACUAUGUUGUGGAAGGCUUUACAUUCCAGACUAUCUUUAGGCAUUUUCCACUAAGACGCUCUUUUAUGUUUGAGUUAAUGGAACAUGUUAAUACUUUACAUUUUUCAAAGGGUGUGGAACUCUUUUUAUCAUAUUAUUAUGAAAGAAAUGAGAGGAUAAUUGGCGUUUAUCCUUGCUAUGUAUUUAUCCAGACCAAAGAACUAAGAGAUUAUGUUAAAAAAGAGAAAAAAAAUAAAGAUAGCAAACACUCAGAUAAGAAAGGUAAUGAUAUAUCUGCAGGUAUUGCUAAAUAUACAGGAAUAGAUCUAUCAAAGGUUUUGGGAGACAAUUCCGAUAAUGAAGACCCAGGACCUCCUCCAAGCAUAAGAAGUGUUUUAAUAUUGACUACAAAUGCUUAUUAUAUUUUUGAAAGACCAAAAACGGUGAGAAAUGUAGUAUCAACAGAGCAAUUUAAGUAUAAAGAGGACCCGAUUGCCAUUAUAAAAAGGGAAUAUUCCGACCUAAAGAGAAUAGUUAGAAGUUUUUUAGGCGAACAAUCCGCAAUGCUUGGAUGGAACUGUAAUUCUCAUUAUAAAUCUCAAAACGAUAAAAAGUUGGAAAAUAUUGAUGAGACAAAAGAAUAUAAUUUUACGUGGAGGAACACAAUUUAUGACAUAAUCAUUUUUGACAAGAUUGAAGAUAGAGAUGAAAUGUUGAAUCGAAUCAGAAAAAAAUCUGCAGAAUUUUUGAGUAUGCCAUUGAAUAUAUAUAAUGAUUUUGUCAGUAGAAGUUGUUUGAGCCAUUUAUUAAGAAUUGAAAAUGUUAGAGCAAUACAAUUUGCUCUGGGUGAAAAGAUAAAGCCUGAUGAGAUUAAAAACCCAAAAAUAGAUAAGUUAUAUUCUUUAAGACCACCAGAUGUAAAAAAAAAGAAGUUUUUUAUUGAUGAAAUGAUAGAUACAGUUUCUGAUCUAAUUUUCCCUCCAAAGCGUAAAAGUAGAUUUCCUAUUGCUCCAUAUCCGAGAGCAGCGAUUUUACAUGAUGCGGAAAAGGCACAGCUAAAAUUAUAUGUAAUAACAAUUAAUAGUGUUUAUGAGUUUCUUGUAGAUUGGAGAUUUUGGUUUUGCCCUGAUUCAAACAUGCUAGAAACUGGUGAGGAUUUAUAUUUUAGAAGAGAAAUGGUAAUACCACCAAACGUCGAGAUUUCAAGUUUAAAAGAAGUGAAUGAUGAUAUUUCUGGAAUUCAAAAGCGUGGGCUGAUGAAUUUUUUGGGAAUAUUAGAUAAAAUACCCAAUCAAAAUGUAAAUAUAUAUGGGAGCGAACUUCAGGAUAAUGAUAAUGAAACAAAGGAUAACAAAAAUGAGAACAAUAAAAACUCAAAAACAACGAAAACCAAUAAAGAAAAAAUAGAAAGUAAAUCUAUUGGAAUCUCAUUAAAAAAUUUUAGAUCUGAAUUUUCCACAUGGUAUGAAACAAGGUUAAAACUUGCCAAAGAAAAUUUAUUUCAAAAACUACGUGUUUUCAGGAUUCAUCGUUUAAGAAUUGCACAAUUUGGGCCAUUAGAAGAACCAGAAGUCAAAUUAGUAUAUCAAUUAUGCCCGAAAAAAAAAAAGAAGAGAAAGAAGUCGAAAAAUAAACGAGAAAUGUCCAAAAAGGACACAGAAAAUGAUGCAAAAACUAAAAAUCUCAAACCUACAAGUAGUGAUGAAGAUCCUUUAUUAGAAUCUGACGAAAGUGAUGGUGAUAUUAGCGAUUCGAAGGAUGCCACCAGUAAAGAAAGAAAAAAGCUGUCUAGACUAACUUCCCUUCAAAUCAUUUUUCUUGAUGAUUCAGCGAGAGAAAGAUUUAAGAUAGGUAUUGCAAUAGUCAUUAAUGAACUCGAAAAUUCCAACGACUGGAAGAGAAGAAUGGUUCCUGUGCUCAAUCCUCCAAAUCUCAACAAAGUCCAACAAAAAAACUACAAAAACGAUAAAUCGGUAUUCUCCUCGUUCUUAUUAUAA